GAGGAGAGCGCUGCAGAUGGGAUGGUCCUGGGAAGACAUCCAGCCUUCCAGACAUCCAUGUUGUGCUGCUGCUCACAAACUCUUCAGUUUCGAGGAGACAUGUUUUUCUUCAAAGCAAUCGAAAGGAGUGCCUGGACAGCUCAAGCAGAAAGCUCAGCCUCUUAACGCUGGCUCCACAGCGUGCCGUUAACUGGGAUUAAGAAAGUCAACUAAUCCUUCCCAGCCCCAGGAUCUCAACAGCACGGAGCCUCCCGAGGCAGAGAACCGCGGCAGCAAAUUCAGCAGGAUCUCAAGGCAGCAGCCGCCUCUCCCCGCUGAUGCCAUUUAACCCCGGAUUCGCGUGCAUCCCACUUCUGAAAAUCAGCUGGAAAUCCACGGUGCUUUCCCUUCACGGACUGUGAGCGCUGCCAGCCAAAAGCCUUGGCUCCUCUCUGCCCGGCUCCUGGCACCGGAGCCCCUUCCCAUGCGGGUGGAGGGGGGCUCCCAGCACACCCCCGGAGCCCCCAGCCCGUCCCGGCUGACCAGCAGAUGAUCCAACGCCUUUCCCCAAAAGAAGCGUGCUGGGGGGAACGAGGGCCAGGACACGAGGUACCUGUACCAUUUUUGAUUCAUAUUUGUGGAUGAAUGCUGUAAAUAUGAGCCAAGAAGAUUUAAAAGAAAGUCACUGAGCCGUGCAAGUGAAUUGAUUUGCUUUUAGACAAAAUGCGGCUGGUUUUCAGCCUCUUACAAGCAGGAACAUUAUUUCUUUCCUAUGCCAAAGACUGACUGAGUUUGCUCUCCGGCUUUACUUCUAUUGCGGAGGGAAUUUAAGCAAGAACAUGUAUAGUGAAUUACUAAAUUCAACCAGUGCCACUGAAGCUCACCUAAUCAUUCAGACCAACACGCCCUACCUGAGCGGCACACCAAGACCUGUCAGCUCCUCCGCUUUUUACAUGUCGACAGCCAGGGUGUUAAAAGAAGGGGAAAUAAAUAAGCCAGACCUGGUGACUUACAUCAUUCUGUUUUUCUUUCUGCUCUUGACUGUGACACUCAUUGUGCUCUUCAUAAACUGCCAGCUGAAAAAUUCUUUUUUUGCAACUCUUCCUUAUGACAGAUCGCUCAGAGAGGCGAGGAGCCCGUGGAGGACACAAGCUGUCUGACACUAGAGAAAAAAAAAACCACACAACUAUGUGUUACAACAGUAGCAGGCACCAGAAACCCUGUGCAAUAAGGCGUUAUUGCCAUGUGUCAGUGAGUGGAUGCGACCCUCUUUAGAGUAACAGGCUGCAUCGCAGGGAAAGAUUGCUGAAAAAUAUGCUGUAUGCAAAUCAGAAUAGCUGUAAAUAAAAAGCUCUGUUGUGAACUAAAGAGAAAAUGCUUUAGCAAAUUUAUACAGUUUUGUGCAAAAAAAAAAAAAAAUAAAAAAAAAUUGCCCCAUGAUUCCAGAUUAAGCUCUAUAUGUAUGCAAAUGUCAUCAUCCAGCCAUUCAGUGUCCAUACAAGGAUAUUUGCAUUAACAACGAUCUCUGAUUUGGGCAUCUGGUGGAGCUUGUUACCCACGUUUAUGAAACCAUAGCAUCUAAUGUAAAAAAAAACAGAGUAUAUUUACCUAAAGG